AUGGAUGACUGGAAACAGCUUGGGCCCAAUAAUCUUGAUAGUUCCAUUAAUUUUCCGAUACUUUCUUCAGCUUACUCCGAGCAAGGAAAAUCAAUAGCAGAUCUACUUUAUUCACAUGAUGCGUUUACUCACUCAGAUAUUUCAAAGUUGGUGGACCGGCCACUUCGAGAGGUAGAUGACUAUUACAAAUCUCUUGAAGAUGAUCUUCUACCAACACCAACUAGCAUUCCCUUUGAUGAGCAGAUGAUAAGUACGGGUUUACCAUGCAUAGACGAAGAAUUAGGAGGCGGUAUCCCAGUUGGAGAAGUCGUUGAAGUUUUUGGUGCCAGUGGCUGUGGGAAAUCUCACUUUUUGUAUCAAUUACUACUACAGUGUCAAAAGACAUUUCCAGAGAGUACAAGUGUUCAUAUAGCAACCGAAUCAUUUUUGGAAACCAAAAGAAUAGCAGAUAUAUCUUCUGGCCUUGAAAGAUCAGGAGUUCCAGUGGAAAUGGCAAAUAUUUCUUAUAUUUACUGCCAUGAUUUAGUGAGCCAAGAUCACAUAUUGUAUACCCAAUUACCAAUACUAUUGGCUCAAGAAAAGGGCAAAACAAAACUAGUUAUUAUUGAUUCAAUCGCGCAACAUUUUAGAAGAGAAGAUUGUAUUUCUAAUUCGUUUUAUCUAAAGCAAAAACUCGGAGCCCAAGAGAAUGAGAUUGGUCAGGACCGUGAUUUUCAAGAAAUUAAGUUAGAUCAAAUUGACCAGUUGAAAAAAGUUCAAAAAGCUCCCAAGUAUGCUACACGUUCCACCAAAAUGCAGUAUCUAUGUCAUUUGUAUCAGCAUUUGUCUCGAAUUGCAAAACAAUUUAAUGUUGCAGUAGUUCUUGUGAAUCAAGUCAGUGACCAUACCUUGGAUCCACUAAAGGAUAGCCAAGAUGUACAUGAAGAUGAUUUAGCAAGCCCAUUGAACCUAGAUUUUCAGACCAUAAUUGGAGCAGGGUGGGAUACAAAAUUGAUUUAUAAUUACUUGCCAUCGAAUCGAGUAGAACUAGAUCAACGUGAAUUAGAGGCAUUAGACUAUGAAUUAUUGACUUCCCUGGGAAAUAAUAGUACCAACAAGAAGCGAAGGAUAACACAUAGUGCAAAUACUGGUUCUCUGAAUUCUUCAAAUAGUACAGGAUUGACCGACGGGCUUGAAGAUCAAAUACAAUACCAGCAGGAGCUAAUAGCUAAAUCAUAUACACUCAAGAGAAUGUCUACCAAGAAACUUGUACCUACAUUAGGAUACUCGUGGUCCAAGAGAAUAAGGACAAGAAUUAUGUUGAUGAAAUCGUAUAAACCAAUAGUGAAGGAUAAAAGAGAGGAUAAUAGUUUGACCUCUACUCAAGCGAACCAAGAUUUUAAUUCAAAUGGUAAAAGGAAGGCAGAAGAAUUGACAGCUACACUGUUAAUCAAGGGAUGGCAAGUUCAAAGAUUUAUCAAAGUAGUUUCAUCAACACAUAAUCCUAAUGCAAUUGGUUUAAAUAAAUAUCCUUUCAGUAUAGUUAAUGACGGAUUAAUACAAAUUUAA